GAAUGAACGGAUAGCCUGCUUUUGCUACUGCGAUGGAGGUUCACUGCGAUGUUUGCGAUGCUGUCGUGUGUGUUGGAAGAGAUCAGUCUGAUGGCAGUAUGGCUAGGCACAUCCAGGGCAAGCGUCACCAGCGUCUCUUACAGAUGAAGAACAAGGUGGCAGAGAAGGCCAGUUGCAGUGUAUUUGUGAGGGGUGUCCAUGGGAACACUAAACUCAGCGCAGCUCAAUUGAAGGAACACUUCCAGAAAUUUGGAAAUAUAAAGAAAGUUGUGAUGGACAAAGUUAAGUCUUUGUAUGCCAUCAUCGAAUUUGACUGUAAGGAUGCAGCCCAGCAGGUGCUUGGUCAGUCUGACCACAGGUUGCCUGGUGACCACAAGUUGGUGGUCAAGCCCAGGGAAGUCAAAAUGGACAAUUUCAAGCCAGCACGAUUGGGAAAUAGACAUGACACAACAAAGAAAACUCAAAGCAAAGAUUCUGAAGUUCCUGUGGUUGACAGAAAAACAGUGCUAGAGGAAUUGAGGAAAAUACAAUCUCUUGAUGGCCAGAUGGUCAGGCUGAUGUCUCUUCUCCAGCUGACCCAAGAGGAUGACCAGCAGAGACAGCAGCUGUGUCAGUCACUGCAGAAACAGCUGGCAGUUUUCUUCCCAGGCUGUACCAUACACCAGUUUGGAUCCUCUGUGAACAAGUUUGGUGUUAAGGGGUGCGACAUGGACAUCUUUCUUGACCUUCACAUAGAUGAAGACGACCUUAAAAGUGAAAGAUUUUUAUCCGAGUCGGAAAGCCCUAGUAAUUUAGACACCAGAGACAGGCGCCAAAUCAAAGUUUAUACGCGUGAGGAAUUGAGAGAAAUGACAAGCUUUGACCAGGUCAAGGCAAUCAGAAGAACAAUCCAGAGACACAUCCCAGAAUGCCAGAAUGUAGUAUUUGUUCCCAGUCAGAGGUGUCCAGUGUGUAGGUUUACCUUCAGGUCCUCAGGGAUUAAAUGUGAUGUAUCUGUCAGUAACAGAUUAGCUCUCAGAAACACCAAGUUCCUCAGACUCUGCACAGAGCUGGAUGUGAGGUUAUCUCCUCUGGUUUACGCUAUACGUUACUGGGCCAAGUGCAGAGACAUUGCAGGCAACAUCCAAUCAGGAACCAAGCUGAACAAUUAUGCACUGUGUUUGCUUGUAGUUUUCUACCUCCAGAACUUAGAGAAGCCUAUCCUUCCCAGUAUUCAGCAGUUGGCCGAUUAUUGUGGUCCAGAAGAGAAAGUUGUAAUUGAGGACUGGGACUGCUCAUUUGUAGAAGAUAAGUCAAGCAUACCUAGUACAGCUAAUACUAUGACAGUUGGUGAGCUCUUGCUUGGUUUCUAUCAGUUCUACGCCAAGUUUGACUUCAGUACAAACAUCAUCUGCCCCAGAACGGGCAAGACCAUGAAUUUGAUGACUGUACUCAACCCAGAUACAAUGCCAGCUAAGAUGGAAGGUUAUAAGGUGGAAACAGUUGCUAUUCAGGAUCCUUUUGUCUUGAAUCAUAACCCAGCAUUUAACAUCAACGAGAAGAUGAAAGAAAGAAUUAUUUCAGAAUUCCAGACAGCAGCCAAGAUGGCUGAUUUUCUAAGGGACAACCCAGACCAUGAGUUUUCACUUCAGGGAUUAGUUAUGUUUUUAUCUAAUGAGAUACCAGCACAGUUCACUUCUGUUCCACCCAAUCAGAGUGAUCAUCUUAUCUCAAAAUUAAAACUGGCUGAAAACAAACAUCCUUCAAAGCAUGGGACAAGAAAACAUAUGAAAAGUUGCCUGGAAACUUCCUUCGAAAUUGUUCUCUGUCCUGCACACCUUUCCCAAAAAUGUUUACUUCGACUCAAUGAAACCUCUGAUUUCAAACAUGCAUGGCAGCAGGAGAUUUGUCAGUUUAUUUAUAAGCUCCUUACAGAAUGUUUACUCAUCCCUACUCAGUUAUUCAAAAACAAUAUUUUACAAAAAGGCAGCGAGCAAAAUUCUGUACUGCCACCUGGUCAAGAAGACAAUGAAGUAGAUGGCAGAAGUAGAUGGCAGAAAAAAACACCUGAUGUCACUGAAAGGACGGAACUUUCUUUCAGUGCAGUGGACAGUAAACCCAAUAAAAUUGUGGAUGACACUGAAAAAGUGACUGAAAUGGAGGAGUUUCAUUUGAAUGAUGUUACGAAGAAACAAAAAGAUGCAGAUGAUAAAGAUCAAUCUGGCAAAAUUGAGAAGACUGCCAUUGAAAACUUAGUUAAUGAACCAUUGUCCCUUUUUUCAACUGAGGGUCAUGCCAUUGGGGCUGCUUUGGGUAGUGGGAGUGGAACACCAAAGAGACAAAACAGUGGUUCUGAAUACCUCUCUGAUCAUCAGAUUUUAAAGAAAACAAAAAGUGAUGCAAAUCUGAACACAGAUUGUGAAGUUUUACAGAAUGAGGCAUGUGCGGAAAACAAUUGCGAUGAUUAUUCUCAGCUGGAAAGGGAAGUAUUUCAGUCUGAAAGUAUUAAGGUGACUGACAAUUAUUCCAUUGAUGGGAACAAAGUCUCAGCAGAGGAUUGUUUAAAGAACUUAAAUCCAAAGAAAUUUGAUUCAGAGCUAGUGAAGAGUCAGUUAAAGACUAGUCUAAAGCCAGAGGAAAGAUACCUUUUUCCUCAGCAUAGUGCUAUAAGAAAGCAAUCUUUUGAUAGUAGAAUAACAAGUUCUCCUAAAAAACCAAACUUGUUCAUGCAUUUACAAUGCUCCAUACAGCAUGCUGUGUGGCUGCGUCGCAAAGCAGUACGCAAAAAUCUUUUACAUGCUGGUCAUAAAGAUGACCUUGACCUAGAGGUCAAGGUCACCCAGGAUGUUAUAGAACAUGAAAGGGACAGAGGCGAAAAGAUUAAGCCAUUUGCUAUUGAUGUGCUGUUGAUGGAUGAUGACAAACAGGCAUGUAUUAGUCAGACUGCUGUCCACGUUGUUUUGAGAGCACAAACAGAUGUAGCAAGUCACUCUUUCAGUUUCUUCAGCUCAUAUAUAUCAAAGGGAAUUCAGAAGUAUUAUUCAUGAUAACCAGCAUGAUAUUUAAGGACAUUUAUGCAUUGUUAUUUUUUUCCUAUUUUAGACCAUUGAUGAAAAUGGUGGAGUUAACCAUUUAUGAUGCUGUAUGUCUUACUUUAUCAUGCCUAAUAUCUGUAAUACAGAGCAUUUAGACAGUAAAUAUUUGAUCAUUAGAAUUAUAAAAAGAAAGAAAUGUUAUUUUUGGAGUUUUACAGAAUUACAAGGCAUCUUUACUACUCAGUUUUGGCAUUUGAAUUUCAUUACCAGAAAACUACACAAGAUUUAUAAAAUAUACCAGCAACAUGUUACAGGUAUUUGGAUUUUUUUAAUUAAAGGGAUAAUAACUGGAGUAAACAACAAUUUUCCUAUACUUACUAAUGGAUAAUGAUUCUAUUUCUACAUUCAAAGUUAAUCCCUGUUUUUUUUCUAAAAAGUUUUUUUUUGUAAUAAUCUCUUACAU